UCUCGAGGCGUCGAUCGAGAACCGAUCGCUCGAUCCUCGCGAAGCUCCUCGAAAUCCCAGUGAGUCAUCGAAACAGUCAUGACGAAACAAACCGGCGGUCACCGUUAGGAACCAUUGAGAACCGCUUCCUAAAGCUAUAAGAGAAAACACGCCCAGAGGAGACAGUUCUUCGACGACAGGUGGAAGAACCUAACCUGUGAAUCGUUUUCAUCCUCGUCGAUAUGAUCGACGCCGGUUCGGCUCUGUGAUCGCGCGAUUUUAUUGAUACAUUUCUGUUUUUCCUUGUGCCUGUUUGCGGGACUGUUUUGCAACGUCCGAGUGAGAGUGAACUCCGUUUCUUAUCACGGGAACCUGUUGACACGGUGUCUAUCGGCGAUCGACUGAUGCAGAAGCCGAUCGGCCACGCGGAUCGAAAGUUCCCGGCACAGUGAACCCGCUACGGCGUUCGCGAUUAAUUCAGAUUAAUUAAGGCCGCUCGAGGACGUCGACACAGGAGCAAACAAACUGAAUCGCAGAAAGCGGAAGAGGAGGAGACAAAAUGAGGAUCAGUUGCGUGCUGUUCGGCCUCGCGUUGGUGGCCGCGAUCGCUGUAGCCAGUCCCGUCGUCAAGAGGGAAGCGGAGAACGAGGACCUCAGCCCCCUAAACGAGGUGUACGUCGUGGAAACUGAAGGCGACCAGGCGGCAGACGAAGAAAGAACCGACAGGGACAAGAGGAAAAUCGGAGCCGUGAAACUGGGUAUCUCGAACGGGAUCCUGAAUUUCGUCUUCGGCAAGCUAGAUACAUUCAUCGACUCGAAGACCAAAGCGCUGGCGGUCUUAGAUGAAUCGAACAAAGCGAAGAACGCUGCCUUUGGCAUCGACCCUCAUCAAUCUGCUACCAGCAAGUUUCUCAGUGAAUUGAUAGCCUCAAAAAUCCAGGCUGCGAGUGGAAGUAUCGGCCCGGUGGUUAACAGCGCGUCCACGUUCCUCACGAGCGCUAAAACCGGAUUGGCAGGAGCUUUUGCCUCAAAACUGGCGCCUUUAGGUGCGAUUGCCAGUGGUGUCGCAGCUGGAACCGCUGGGAAAACCGGGGGACUGUUGUCUGCUGGUACAGAUGUCAGCCACGGAGGAGAUAAUUCAGCAGGUCUUCUAGGAAGCAUCCUCAGCUCGAAACUCAGCAGUUUGUCCUCUCUGAGCCAAAGUUCCGGUGGAGGACAUACCGUUGACACAGACGUGAAAGACGCCAACGCUGGAAUAAAUCUUGGAGCGUUUGCGAAUAUAGGCGGAGGGGAAAAGAUCACUAGCACCACGGAGAAUAUCCCCGAGUUCGACAGGAAGCGAGUGUCCUUGGACGUGCCAUCGUCAGCGUUCGGCAGCGGCUUCACCCUAGUCACGAAUUUCAGCAAGGUCCUGAGCAGCCUGAUACUUAACUCAGCCCGCCGAACACAGACAGUUCUAGAGGUCUUCAAGCCAAUCUUCCGUGGAGCAUUCGCAAUCAAGGGUCUACCUUCUGACAAUGCUCAUUAAAAGAAGCUGCUCAACGAUCCAGCAUGGAAAAUAGCUCAACGAAUCAUUCAGGGAUUACCAAGUGGACUCCGAUCGGACUGAGAUCAAUCAAGAUCGUAGAGGACAUUCCAAAGAUCCAUGGACAUAGAAGCUUUAGACAUGUGUUAACUAAUAGAGAGCAUUGUAGAAGGAUAGAUUCAAGGUAGCGAUAUUUAUUAAGAAAUUUGUUGGCGAGGAGUGUUUCUUUUUAUUGAAAGAAUUUAGUUCGAGAACAGAUAACAAUGUGAAAAACUAUGACGCUGUUGCGUUCAUUAGAGUUCAGUGUGUGAUGAAAUUUUACUACAGUGUUCAGGAAACUUCAAUGUAUGAUAGAGUAACAUUUCAGACUCCAGAAAAUUUAAUUGUAUAAUUAAGUAGCGCACCGAAAUUCGAGUACAGUCGGUGCACAUUAGAAUUGCAUUUUGGAGACUUCAACGCGUGGUAAAGUGAUGUGAGAUCACCAAAAAGACUUCGACUUUUGACGUAACAAUGUCAAAGGACUUAAGAGACUUUCAGUACGUCAUUGUCAAAGUGACUUCAACGCAUAGCACCAACUGCAAUGACGGUUCGCCUAGCCACGAUUCUUUCUUAAACUAUCUCAAUCCGUAAUUGUGCUAGGGCUAACGAGGCUGGAGGUCAAUUAAACGGCAAUGACAGUCAGGCAUCUUUUCAUGGGCUUCUCCAUUCGCUUAAACCGUCUGUACUAUUGCUCCGUUCCUCGACAGCGCUGCCAUAAAAUUACGCGCUUGCCAGAGCUAUAGUUCAGCGGUCGCGUGCCCGCAGCGAUCCCCUGCAAUAUUUUGUAUAAUAGCACGUACUUCUUAAUAAGACACUAGAUAAGCGUCCCGGAUAAAUCCAGGAAGAACUUACAGGUGCUCGCUACCGUAUGGAAACUGCCACUGAUGUCCGUCAAAUGCGUUAAUAUUUUUUUGAAGUGAUUAUCGCACACACCUUGUGGUUUUUACAGUCUCGUAAAAACCGAACGAUGCAAUUUGUCUCGUUAGCGAACAAUCCUGUUCGCAAGGUGAGCACUUUCUAGAUGGAUUUGCCUGGUUUAUGAGUUACGGAGUUUUCAUGCAUCGAUUAGACGCGUUUACGAUGAUCGCGGAAUCAUAAUAUUGUGGCAUAGACCGAUUGAGCAACGACGCAUUUCGACACAGCAUCUUUGACAGCGUCUUUGGCAGCUAAUUAUUUCACAGGUCCGGUUUGCUCAAUGUUCCGUAAUUGUCGGCCACGUCUCGUAAUUACCAUACGGUGCUGUAUGUAGUAAUUUUUUGUCGCUCCUGCGAUUAGCGACAGCGUUUUUCUGGACGAACUUUCAAAACCUGGACUGUAGAAUAAAGUGAACGGAAUUUUUUUUAA